CAUGUCUCCUGAGUAUUUACUUCAUGGACAGUUCUCCGUUAAAUCGGAUGUAUAUGGUUUUGGAGUUAUAGUCUUGGAAAUUGUAAGUGGUCGGAGAGCCACUGGUUUCGUGUAUCAUUCUGAAGCAGGCGAAAACCUUUUGUGUUAUGCUUGGAAAUGUCAUUUGGAAGGAAAGAGUUUUGAGCUCAUGGAUGCAACAUUGAUGAGAGAUUCUUGUUCAAAUGACGAAGUUAUGAAAUGCGUAAAUCUGGGUUUAUUGUGCGUACAAGAGGAUGUUACCAAGAGACCAACAAUGACGACAAUAAUUCACAUGCUCAACUCAAGUUCUGAUGCUUCUACUGCACCUUCAAUGCUUCAACCCCCUGCAUACUUGUACAGCAGCGGUUCAGAGUACUCGACAACAACAAGAAGCAACACUAGUAGUUCAUUGCCAUCGACGACAACACGAAGUGAUGCACAUUCAAAGCAAUGGUCUCAAAACUAUUAAGUUGGAACUUUGGCUUGGAUUACGGGUAGCAAAAUUAAAUUGCAGCGAUGAAACAAGUUUU